CCUCCAAUCACAUCAGAGCGGUGGUGCAGCGGCUGCCAUGUGGCAGGAACCCGAGGCAGCAGAGAGGUGACGCCACCAUCUGACCAGAGUCAAACUGCCGUUAGAGUCUGCUGCUGGUCGUCCCUCCGUCUGUCCUUCUGUCCCACUGUCAGUCCCAGCACUGAAACAUGCUGACCGCCGUGAUUCUGCUGGCCUUCCUGCUUUCUGCUGCCGCUGCCACAGAGAAAGACAGCGCCCCCCUCAGGCUGAAUGACACCAAAGCUGCUGAAGCGUUCAUUGACUCUGCUGAAGUGGUGGUCGUUGGAUUCCUGGAGGGAGAAGACAGCCGUGGAUACAAGGAGCUGGUUGAAGCGUCAAAGCGUGUGGAGUCGGUGCCUUUUGCCAUUUGUACUGUGAAGGAGGCGUGGCCUGAGUACAAGAUCCCCUCAGACACCAUCGCUCUGUUCAGAAAGGCAGAUAACCACCAGGAGAAUCUCGUCAUCGCUGAGGCCAAGAAACUGGAAGCCGACGGUAUUAUAAACUUCGUGAAUGUCAAUGAAGUACGAUACGUCACAGAGUACAACCAAAUGACAGCAGUGGGCCUGUUCAAUUCAGAGGUGAAGGCGCACCUCCUGCUAUUUGCCAACAGGGGGACUAAAGAAUUUACUGAGCUCAAAAAGAACCUGAGAGCUCUGGCCCCCGACUUCACAGGCAAGUUCUUGUUCGUAUUGAUCAACGGAGCCGUCAGAGGCAACUCCCGCUCCCUCGGCUACUUCGGCCUGAAGACCAAUGACCUCCCCCGAGUGGGCAUCUACGACGGCGACUCUGACAUGAAGUGGCUUCUGCCUGAAGGAGAGAUCACCAAUGAGCGAGUGCGGGAGUUCUGCCAGUCCUUCCUACGAGGAGACCUGAAGGAGGUGAAGCAGGCCGGAGCGGAACCCAAAACCGAACUCUGACAGAACAAAGAGAAAAUAAAUUAUUUUACACGAAAUAAAUCAAAUUUAAGUUGAA